AACUCUUUAUUUCCCUCCAUAUCCUUUCAAUUUCACUACUUCGGCUAAAGGAGUAAAACUUGCCCCCUUUCCCCCAAAACAGUAGGAUGCCAAACUCGGGAGGUUUCAUGGUAACCCGAACUCAGACGAGGGACAGGUUCCACAAGCCACCGGCGGUGAGGCGGCGGCGUCAGCAGCACCUGUACAGGCAGCAGCAGCAGAUACACACACCGACGCAAGAUGAGAUAUGGAGACCGUUGAACAAGGAGAGCCGAGUCAACUCGGUCGAUUCAAUGACUGAGAUCCAGACAGAUUCUGACGAGUCUACAUUGUCGUCGACGAAGGUUGCUAAACUGUCCAAUUUGGAUAGGCUCAUGGAAGCGGUCACUCCUUUUGUUCCGGCUUAUUGCUUCUCUGAGGAAAAAUAUAGGGGAUGGGAAACUCUUGAAACGGAUUUUAGCUCGUAUUAUUGUCUCAGUGAUCUUUGGGAAUGUUUUAGUGAGUGGAGUGCAUAUGGCCUUGGAGUCCCGCUAGUGUUGAACAGGAUUGAUUCUGUUAAGCAAUACUAUGUUCCUUACUUGUCAGGCAUACAAUUGUAUGUAGAUCCACAUAGGCCAAGGAUUAGUGAGGAUGGCAAUGCCGAGUCUUUGAGAGAAACUAGUUGUGCUGGAAUUAGUGACUCUGAAACAGACAGGAGAGUAAAAGGUGGUGUUGAUGGAGCUUGGGCACAGCACAACUCCCAGAGUACGAAUAUAUCACAUAUGUGUUCCUCUAGUGAUGAAGUUGAGGUUGGCAAGUCGACUCGGCAGCUGGUUUUUGAAUACUUUGAACAAGAACAACCACAUCAACGGAAACCUUUAUAUGACAUGAUUUCAAGUCUUGCAUCUCAAUUUCCAGGGAUCAGGAUGUACAGGAGCUCUGAUCUAUUGCCAGCAAGUUGGAUUUCAGUGGCUUGGUACCCAAUAUACAGAAUACCUAUGGGUCCAACCCUACAAAAUCUGGAUGCAUCUUUCUUGACCUUCCAUUCUUUGUCAACACAUUCUCAAACUGGUACAGUAAAAAAUCAGCUGCAGUAUCCUGCUUCUAGUAGUAGGAAAGUCAUUGGUGUUGAUGAAUCUACAAAUAUCCCUCUACCAGUUUUUGGCCUUGCUUCGUAUAAGCUGAAAGGUUCAAUUUUGACUCCCGUUGGUGGCCAAGAAUGGCAGCAAGCAAGCUCUCUGUUACAAGCCGCUGACCAUUGGCUGCAAUGUUUACAAGUCCAGCAUCCUGAUUUCCACUUUUUUGUAUCGCAUAACUCGCAGAGGAGAUAACAAAGGUACUUUAAUUCUCUGUAACCGAUAUUUUCUGUAGG